CGUCACCUUCAUGUUUCAAGCCGCACAAUUGGGCGGAGAUCUCUGCUGUUUCCUUCCAAAAAUCAACUGAUGAUCAACCCACGGGAAACGGUUCCAAUGUAGCGGAUUUAGAGCGACAUGCCAGGAUUUAGAGUGAUGGACUGGCUGUUUGACAGGAUUUCGUGGCAGAAGGAUGAUCUGUCGAUUAUAAUAUCGUUAGAUUAACACAUGUUGCACUGGAGCCGCAUCCAUCGCAUCCCACAUCCAUUCAGGAUUCUGUCUUUGGAUUAACAAGAUCUAAAACUCAGUUUUCCGGCCAGUAUUUGUGUUUGUAUGCGUUGUCCUGAGCUGUGGUCCAUCUUUGCAAAGUCAUGGAGCCCAACAUGGAGUACAUAGUGGCGCAGGUCACGCAGAAAGAGGUCGGACGUCAGUUUCAAGUGGGGCCGGAAAUCAUAGACUACAUCCUGGACAGACAGAAGUCACAUGACCUGGAGCACGAUCAGAGCAUGCUGGACAGGAUGGUGGACAGUCUGGCAACCACAUGGGUCAACGCGAGCAAUUUCAAGGUGGCGCUGCUGGGAAUGGACAUAGUGUCUGCGUUAGUGACCAGAUUACAGGAGCGCUUCAGAACACAGAUAGGAACAGUUCUGCCCAGUUUAAUCGAUCGUUUAGGGGACUCUAAGGACCAGGUUCGAGAUCAAGCGCAGUCUCUUCUGUUAAAAGCCAUGGACCAAGCGGCCAGUCCACAGUAUGUUUGGGACCGAAUGUUGGCCGGAUUCAGACAUAAAAACAGCCGGACCAGAGAAGCUGUUUGCUUUUGCCUUAUCUCCACUCUUAAUGUAUACGGAGCUCACGGUUUAACGCUAAGCAAGGUUGUUCCUCAUAUUUGUCAGCUGUUAGGAGAUCCCAGCAGCCAGGUUCGGGAAGGUGCGAUGAACUGUCUGGUGGAGAUUUACAGACACGUGGGGGAGAGAGUGAGGGUGGAUCUGGGGAAGAAGGGGCUGCCGCAGUCACGGUUGAAUGUGAUUUUCAGCAGGUUUGAUGAAGUUCAGAGGUCUGGGAACAUGAUCCUGUCCUCAGAUAAGAACAUCGAUGACGAUGAUUCGGUGGAUGGAGGUCGUUCCUUGUCGUCCUCUAAAGGAGCGUCAUCGGUGCAGCGGACGGGAUCCAUGCGCAGGCCGAGCUCCGCAUUCAGCACCAAGAGCUCAGGUAAGGAGAGCUCUGGUGCCGGUGCUGUCGAUGAAGAAGACUUCAUCCGUGCCUUUAAAGAUGUGCCCGCUGUACAGAUUUACUCGGCUCGAGAGCUUGAGGACUCCAUGAACAAGAUCCGAGAAAUUCUCUCUGAUGACAAACACGAUUGGGAACAGCGAGUGGCUGCACUAAAGAAGGUUCGUUCUCUGUUGUUGGUCGGUGCGAGCGACUACGAUGGUUUUUCGCAGCAGUUGCGGCAGCUGGAGGGGCCGCUCAAACUGUCGGCCAAAGAUCUGCGCUCGCAGGUGGUGCGCGAGGCCUGUAUCACACUCGGGCACCUGUCGUCUGUGUUGGGCAAUAAAUUUGAUCAUGGAGCCGAGAACAUCAUGCCAACGUUACUGAACCUCGUCCCCAACAGCGCUAAAGUUAUGGCCACAUCCGGAAUGGCGGCGAUCCGUCUCAUUACACACACACACAUACAUAUAUGGGAAGCUGAUGUUCUGUGUGACACGCAGUCAGCCGUGAUAUAUCGCUGUUAUGAGUUUUUAGAUCUUCUGCUUCAGGAGUGGCAGACGAAUUCUCUAGAGAGGCACGUCACCGUCCUGAUGGAAACCAUUAAGAAAGGAGUUCACGAUGCUGACUCUGAGGCCAAAUCAGUCGCUAGAAAAUGUUACUGGGGUUUCCACGCCCACUUCAGUAAGGAGGCGGAGCAUCUGUUUCAGGCGCUGGAACUGACCAAUCAGAAGGCGCUGCAGUCUCACCUGAAGAGCUCCGACAGCAUCACGUCUCUGCCGCAGUCCGACCGCUCGUCCUCCAGCUCGCAGGAGAGCCUCACUCGGCCGCUGUCUGCUAAAACACCUGUCGGGAGCAACUUGAGCAAAACUAAAGUGGUGAGUUCUCGCGUGUCCUCUUCGUCCGGCUCUCUCCAGCGCUCGCGCAGCGAUGUGGACGUUAACGCCACGGCCAGUGUUAAAUCACGAAUGCCGGCCGUCCCCUUCAGCUCAGCCGCGGCGCUGCCACCCGGUUCCUACGCCUCUCUGGGUCGUGUGCGAACAAGACGACAGAGUUCAGAGACAGCAGCUGGGGGCGGAGCUUCUGUGACAGACAGCAGGGGGCGGAGCCGAGCCAAAGUUGUGCCCCAAUCACAACGAUCCAGAUCGGCUAAUCCGGUGGGGGGUAAAACUCACGCGGGCAGCCGCUCUAGUUCACCCGGGAAGCUCUUGACUCGUUCUUCCGGGAGAAUCCCUCGAUCCGUCGGAUCCGCUCGAGCGCCGGCAGACAGACGCAGUAAGAUCCCGCGCAGUCAAGGCUGCAGCCGAGAGACGAGCCCCAGCCGCGCACGAGACGUGCGGGCCAGUCGUAUUCCGCGGCCCAGCAUGAGUCAGGGCUGUAGUCGUGACACCAGUCGGGAGAGUAGCAGAGACACCAGUCCGGCUCGAGGGUUCAGUCCGCUGGCAUCCCACAGACACUCGCGCUCCACCAGCGCUCUGACGGCCGCUGGUGUCCUGCAGACAGAUCGGUUCGGUCUCAUCCAUCAGGCGCGGAUCUCGGCAUCUGUAAACGCCAUGCGGAUCCUGAACACGGGCACGGAGGUGGAGGCGGCCGUGGCAGACGCUCUGCUUUUAGUAGACUCCAGGAAUAAGCAGAGACCGAUGCGCCGGCGCUACGAAUCUCCCGGCAUGCACUCGGAUGACGACGCCAACAGCGACGCAUCCAGCGCCUGCUCCGAACGCUCCUUUAGCUCCCGUAACGGCAUCGCCCCGCAGCACCUGCGUCAGACGGAGGACAUGGCCGAGAUCCUGAACCACUGCGCCAGCUCCAACUGGUCCGAGAGGAAAGAGGGGCUGCUGGGACUCCAGAGCCUCCUGAAGAGCCAAAGAGUCCUCAGUCGCGUGGAGCUGAAGAGACUGUGUGAGAUCUUCACCCGGAUGUUUGCAGAUCCUCACAGCAAGAGAGUGUUCAGCAUGUUCCUGGAGACGCUGGUGGACUUCAUCACGUUGCACCGAGAGAAUAAUAAUAAUAAUAAUAAUAGUAAUAUAUGUGUUUGUGUGUGUGUUUUAAAAAAAAUGGGGGCCGAUCUUCUGGGGUCCGUUCAGGCCAAAGUCCAGCAGGCCCUCGACGUCACCAGAGACUCUUUUCCUUACGAUCAGCAGUUCAACAUCCUGAUGCGGUUUAUCGUCGAUCAGACGCAGACCCCAAACCUCAAGCUGAAAUAUAAUACAUUGUACAUCGAAUCUUUGGCCAGACAGAUGGAUCCGUCAGACUUCGUGAACUCCAGCGAGACGCGGUUAGCCGUUUCUCGAAUCAUCACGUGGACCACAGAACCGAAGAGUUCGGACGUCAGGAAGGCUGCUCAGAUGGUUUUGAUCGCCCUGUUUGAGCUGAACACCCCAGAGUUCACCAUGCUGUUAGGCGCUCUGCCCAAAACCUUCCAGGACGGAGCCACUAAACUCCUGCACAACCAUCUGAAGAGCAGCAAUAGCGUGGCUGCUGCAGUGUCUCAGGCAUCUCCCAGCAGCAGCAGCAGUUUGGGACGCACCCCUCCACGACACCCCGUGACCCGCAGCAAUCCCCUGACCUCACCCACCAACGGCUCGCACGCAGGACUGUCUCCCAGUCGUUUGUGGGGCUGGAGCUCAAAGCCUUCUUCUAACCUCCCUCCUCCCCACCCCAGCCCCGCCACCCCACCUUUCCGGGCCUAUCGGAGGGCAUAUUCGCCCAGCUUGAGAUCAAUGCAUAUGGAGUCAGGCCUCACUCCGUGUGUGUGUGUGUGUGUGUGUCUGGAGUGCGACACUGAGAACAUGAACUCAGAGGAGAUCUUCAGCUCAUUGAGAGGUGUAACCGAAGACAUCCAGAGCUUCAGUUUCCGCAGUCAGGAAGACAUGCUAGAGCCCAUCAAACAUGACGGCAAGAGGGAAGAUACGACCGGUGUGGAUCCUCGUCUGUCCGCUGGUGUGAUGGAGGGAGGCCGGACAGCGCUGGACAACAAGACGUCAUUAUUAAACACACCGUCCCCUCGAUCGUGGGCUCGCGAAUACAACCCAUACAACUACAGCGACUCCAUCAGCGCCUACGAGAAAGGAGCUCUCGCCGUGUUUGACGACGUGGAGCACAUCCGAGACGAUCAUCCACAGGACUGCGGAGAAAACAAAAUCAUGCAUUCGAAAGGUUUUUCUGCAGGACCCAGGCAGCACCUGGAGAUGUUUGGUGAGCUGCUGAAGGAGCUGUCCAAUCACAGCGAGCGUGUGGAGGAGAGGCGGGUCGGUCUGCUGGAGCUGCUGAAGGUCACGCGUGACGACAGUCUGGCUGUGUGGGAGGAGCAUUUCAAAACCAUGCUGCUGCUGCUGCUGGAGACGCUGGGAGACAGAGACCACACUAUCCGAGCACUGGCGCUGCGUGUCCUGAAGGAGAUCAUGCGCAGCCAACCGGCGCGCUUCAAGAACUACGCAGAACUCACCAUCAUGAAAACCCUGGAGGCCCAUAAAGACUGUCACAAAGAGAUGAAGCUGCUGAAUCUGUACAUCAAACGAGCUCAAACCCUCAACAGCAACAGCAGCAGUUCUUCAGACGUCUCGUCUCACAGCUGA